AUGGCCUCACUAUCCACUCUCGCUGAAGACAUCAUGCAUGGCAUAUGCGAAUACCUCACGCCCCGCGACAUUUUCCAACUCACCCUCACUCAAAAACGCUUUGCAACGUCAUUUGAGCGAAGUCUCCUGCUGCACCGCGAUUUAGCAUCGCAAACAUACACCGCGAUGCUAGCAGCCAUUAUCAGAAAUGAGGUAGACCGGGUCGAGGAACUCUUACAACUCGGCUACGAAGCUAAGUUUGCCUGUUCAAGGUCUGUGCUUGCCUGCCCGGCCGACUUUGACUUCCCAGUCAACAAUCUGAUGCUUCAAGCGCCGUCAAACGUUGCCAUUAGAAGGCAGGGUCUGGCUGCGCUCGUGAUUGAGCGACUGUACCGUCCCGCGUGCGAUACGCACAAGAUCUGGAUAAACUACUCCGUCCUGGCCCACGCUAUCUUGGAAGACCAGGUCGAAACCGUCAAACUCCUUCACAAGUACGGCGCAGAUUUGGAAAAGCCGCUGCUGCAGGUCUUUGCGUUCCGUGGCAUGCCAGUGGAUGUUAAUCACCAAAUCAGUGUCCUGCACCUGGCGAGCAGCAGUGCCAUGAUCGAGACACUCUUGGAGCUUGCCCCGAACAUUCCCAUCGACAAGGACAGAUUCAUGCGCACAGAACCGUUGCUUCUCUGGCAUGUCGAGAGAGGCACAGAUGUCAGAGGGCUCCGGCGACUGUUGGAAGCUGGGGCUCAUGUUGACGGGGCACGUCCGGCGACACAGCGAAUCGGCUUUUGCCAGUGCGAACAGGAGGACACCAUGCACGUCUUUCUAGAUCACAAAUCACCGCUCGAGGCCGCCAUAUGGAACCUGGACCGGGAUGCCGUUGAGCUUUUGCUAGAACACGGGGCAUCGACGGUGUACCCGCCCAAUGACACCGGCGAAGCGACUUGCCUACACGAAGCGAUAAGAAUCUUCCUCCUGGAGCACAAGCCGGAGGAUCUAGAGGUCAGCUUGCAGAUAUUUCGCCUCCUGCUAGACCACGGGUUCGACGUCAACCACGAAUACAUCGAGUGGGCGGGGUGGACACCUGAGGGUACGCGCCUCCAGCCAACAGGAACCAGAGUCAACCUGAUAGUGGACAGCCUUAUCUACUACGUAUCCACCGAGAUGUUCCAGCUUCUCCUCGACGCCGGAGCAGAUCCAUUCAACGCGUCGGGUCUGGGGGCAGGAGACAAAAGCUACGUCGUCAUGCUCGGCUUGUCAUCGUCGGUAGCGAGAUUGUAUCCCACUGAUAUGCCUGAGCCCGAAAGGCUGUCCCUACAGAGCGCAAAGCUGAAAGCACUUAUCGCCAAGAGAGCAGAGUCAGAUCCCAGCGGCCGCGACCGCACGUUGUUAUUCAGGGCUGCGAUGGAAAUCUCCCGACCAUGGGAACUCCAUCAGGUGUUCAAAAUUCUUCACAAAGUUUUUGGAUCGUUCGAAGAGGAGCUUGAUCUCCUCGCAGACACCAUGGGCCGAGUGAAAAGGAUGCCAGGAGUCCUUCACGAGAGCCGACAGAUGAUUGACUUUCUCAUCCGCUGCGGAGCCCCCGUCAAUCACCCCAAUUCCGAGGGGGAGACGCCUUUACACGUCGCCUAUACGCUCUCAAUAGCAAGUCCUUUGCCCAUCGGCGAAACGGACGACCUCCUGGCGUGGGACGUUGACGAGGAGCAGGGAUUUAUGGUAGGCUGGGCUAUUGGAACCAAUUACUUCUUUGGCAAAAAAACUAUCAAUGGCAUCUUCAGCACGACAAUCAGUGGUCCGGCGGAGGCAGAGAAGCGGGUACGAAAUGCGAACGCAAUUUUUGACGCCUUGAUCCAGGCCGGGGCGGCUCAGAAUUUGCUGAAUGGGAAGGGGGAGACGGCAGCGAUGGUGAUGGCUCAGCAUGGAUGGAUUCAGCUACCGCCUUCGCCUGGUCCCGAUUCAGAUCGUCUCGCUGGAGAUGAAAUGAAGUCGGAUUCGGCGCAGAUGGAUGAUGUUGUGGCGAAUGCCUUUGGAAUCUGGAAGCAGUUUCAGCAACUUGCAUUGGGGGAGGCGGGUUCCAACCAAGCCGACUUUAUCGCCGAACGCCGGUGCGGAACGGGUGGAGACUUGUCCGUUGCGCCGUUCCGCACAGCCAUAACAGGCUUAGCGGCGCACCCGCUGACCAAAACAGGGAAAGCUCUUUUGGCUCGCUUAUCCGCUCGAUCUGGGCCCGCGUCUGCUACUGCUCUUCACCUUACUUCCACUGCCCUCUGGCGGGCAUCACUGGAUAUUCUUGGCAUUUCUCGCGGGCCCUUGGUCAUAUCUGCAUGUUUCGCAGGACUCAAGGACGUCGCACUCGGCUUUCACGGUGUCUUUCCCGGCUCGGCGCCACCCAUGGAAUCCCACUCUACCCGCCCCAAAAAGACUGAUAUUGUCCGCAAGCGAACGGGUUGUCAAAAUUGCAAAAAGAAAAGAAGAAAGGUCGUACUUCCCACGUGUGACGAGACACGCCCAGAAUGCCUCGCUUGCGUGAAGAAAGGAGUAAAGUGCAGCGGCUACGAGCGUCCCGUGACCUUCAGAGACGUCACCACUCGAGCAGCCGAGUCUUCGAGGAAGUUUGAGGAAGCUAGAUGGGCCGCUCUACGUCUUGAGGAUGAGCGAAGGAAACGACGCCGUAUUGGGCCAAUCGGGGAGCCGUCCCCUGUCGCUCGGGAGUCAUCAACGCCGGAAGAUGUUAUAGAAUUGCCGGCGAGAGAUGAUGCGUUGCCAGCUACAGCCCUGGCACCUAUACCUCCAUGGCACUCGGCGAAUGCUGAGGGCUGGCUCGCUGGGUCCUUCACCUUACCGUGGUCACUUUUCGACACAUCUGGUGCUUCUUCCGCGAUUCAAGAUCCGCCUCAACAACAACAGGAGGUAGCCAGACCAAGGAAUACCUCGAGCGGAAUAGAGCAACCUACUAUGUUCGAAAAUUCUGCCAACCGGUUGAUGCUGACAAGUGGAGUACCAAACAGCUCGGCACCGGUAGCGGAAGCGCCAAGCCCAGCUUUGACGACUGGGUGGGACGAGUUCCUCGUCACCGACCGUUCGUCUCCGGGGUCUUCCACGUCCACUUCAUCUCCCCUAGGCGAACCGACGGCAGACUGCCAGCUAUCGAUACCUCUAGAAGAGGUCCUUAUUCAGCACUUCGACAGGAACGUCCUUCCUUUGAUACCAGUUGCUCUCUCCUUUCCGAAUCUCUUCCGCCAGAGCAGCUGUUUCCGAUCAGCGGUCCUGGCUCUGUCCGCCAGCAACAUCAAGCUGACGCAACCUCUUCCCAUCGACCCGCUCGUGCUCCGUCGAGUAUGCGACGACAGCAGCGUCUGGAUCUACUAUGACACAGCGGUCAGAGGCCUCCAAGCUCAACUUCAGAACGUGGAAAACUACCGCGGCGAGGAGCUCGCGGGCGCCGCUUUGCUGCUUGCCUACCACGAGCUGGAAGCCGGCACAGCCCUUGGCAUCAGGAAUCACGCUACCGGGCUGGACGACAUCGCAUCCAAGCUCGACUUCGCCGCGUCGUCCAUCCCCGACCUCUUCAAAGCCUGGCGUAUGCUUCGUUACGAUGUUCGUUUCAUGAUGUUGCCGACGCGAGCGACCUGCAAUGUUGUAGACAAUUACGAUGUCUCGAGUCUACUAGACCCGCAACUCGCAAUUCGUGAUAUAUUAUUCAGGCUACAUGGCCUUCAUGCACGCUAUGCGAUGGAGGCUACAUUUAGCCAAGAUACGACCGCAGACGGCGAUAGCGCUUCAGAGAAAGUUGCACUGUGGCUUAUGUCUGUCCUCGGCCGGGAAUCGGAUCGCCGUAAUGUGCGCCUCAAGGACUUUCACAAGGAGAACCUCACACCUGACACGAUAUUGCGGCAGUGCGAUGUGUUUUCUCAUCGGCUGGAUAACUGGCACAAGGGGCUCUGCGACCACGACAUGCCGGUCGUCAAUCUUGGGGCAGAUUCGGAUCUGAUCAGUGGCGCUACUUUUGAGACCUUUGUCACUUACCGUUUCGGUGACACGAGAAAAGCUCUCGAGUACGUGAUUUAUCUCGUGUGUAGGAUGACGUGCAGCUACCUGCGGUCUCUGUUCGACCCGUCUGUGCAGUCCUCGGGCACAGAUGCACUCGCCAAGGUCAUUCUUGGUAUUGUUUGUGGCAUGAACAUGCAACAGCGGCAGCAAUUCACUGUUCUUCGGGUGGAUGUCCUGCUCAGGAUGGCUGCAGGCUUGUCCGAGGGCACAAACUUUAUCACCACCGUUCUCGACUAUCUGCUUCCAAGACUAAUUUCUUCAGGUCUCACUGGUCCUGACAUUGUUGCGUGGGUCUACUUGAAAUCAGCGUUGGAGCUUGAGCUUAGGGAAAGACGGAAGGGCCGGGCGAUCAGGAUGACCAUCGAUGGAGUCGAGGAGGACUGUGAGAUGUGGCAAUUGGUGAACAGGCAUCCCGUCGCUGCGUUUGGGGAUUACAACGGGAAGGGGUACUUCAGGGAUUGCUAUGUCAUUGAGUGUCUAGGCUGA